UUCAUCAAUUGAGUCGGCACUGGGCAUAUAUAUUAUUUUAGGUGCACCAAACACCAAUUUGUAAACACUAAAUUGCCAACUGGCUCUACUAACUUUUGCAUUAUUGUAAAACGAUUCAUUCUACAUUGGACUAUACAUUUACACCUAAUAUUCGAGAGGUAUCAAAUCAUCUCAACACAUUUAAAGGAAUUUACAAGUUAAUUAAUUUAAGUUAAAAUGGGCAAAGAGGAAUCAAAUACAGACGAUAAACAAAUCAAGAUCAAUAAAUGGGAUUACCUCGCUUUAAAAAAUACUCUCGAUGACGCAGUGAAGGAAGUAUUAAUUACAAAAUAUAAUCAUGUCGAGGACUUUUCUUUGAUUGACUAUCGUUUGCUGAUAUGCACAUUUGCUGUGCUGGUCGCUGGAUUUGCACUUGGUUGGGAUUUCUUCAAUCCAUUCCCUAAAUCGCGUUUUGUUCUUACGGUAUGUGUUGCUUUAUAUUUCAUUACCAUGGGUGCAAUCACAUUAUACACAACAUACAUGGAAAAAGGCAUAUUUGCCGUGACUUUAGAACGAGAUGAAAGCGGUUUUAAUCCAGAUGUUGUUUGGGAAGCCAGCAGUUAUAUAAAAAAACAUACUGGUAUGUAUUAUUUGACCAUGGUGCGCAAAGAUGCUGUUGGAGCAGAUGUCAGGGAACGUGAAAUAUCAAAAUCGGUUGCAAAUUAUUUUGAUGAAGAAGGAACAUUAUGUCAAGAUGUGGUGGAGAAUGAGGUAACCAAAAUGAGAGAAGCUGUUUUGAAAUUGAAGAAAAUUGAAUAAUUUAUAUUAUUAGAAUAAUGUAAGAUUCUCAUGAUUAAAAUAAAUUAAGGAAUAACAUAUUAAUUAUGUUUUAUUAUAAACUAAUUUAGUUUGAUUAAAACAUAUUUGGUUGGUUUUGCUAUGUAUAUAUUCAUAUACAGUGUUAAUUUAUAAAUUAUACAAAUAUAAAUAUAAUUAUAAUAAUAAACUGUA